AUGGCCUCGCGCCCGACGCACAGCCACACGGGCACGCCCCUCCCCGCGAUCCUAAUGCUCCACGGCGGCGGCUCCAACGCGACAGUCUUCAAGAUCCAAGCCCGCCGCCUCCUCUGGACGCUGGAGAAACAGUUCCGCUUCGUCUUCGCGCAGGCUCCCAUAGAGGGCGCCCCGGGGUUCGGCAUGCUGCCUGUGUUUGAAUCGUGCGCGCCCUUUUACCGAUGGGUAUCGCGCAAGUUCCGCGCCGGCGAGUCCGAUGUCGAGGGCACGCCCCUGGAGGAAGUGGCGCGGCUGGACGCCAAUCUGAUCGCGCUGAUGGAGCAGCACGGCGGCGUCGACCAGUUCAAGGGCGUCAUCGGGUUCAGCCAGGGCGCACGCCUCGUGGCCGGAUUGCUCCUGCGGCAGAAGAUCGAGGAGCGGGACAGCCCCGACGGUAUCUCGAAAUGGAAGUUCGGGUUCGGGGUCAUGAUCGGAGGCCCGUUCCCGCCGAUCAGCCUCGUGGAGGAAGGGGAUGUCGAUCCCGCGGACUAUGCGUUGCUGAAGACAGUGCCGACGGUGCAUGCGUGGGGGCGCGACGACCAUGUCAAGCCCGGGUGUGUCGAGUUGAUGAAGGUCUGCGAGAGCGAUCAUUGCUUUCAGAUGGAUUUUGAGGGGGGCCAUCAUUUGCCGUUGAAGGAUGUCGAGGCCAAGGAUCUGUGUGAUUUGAUCAUGGCGGCGUGGUAUGCUAGCGGGGGCACCUAUGGCGUGAGUGCCGACGAGUCGUAUUGA